UUUCAGGCGAGAAAUACAAAGAGCGCAGUCAAGAUAGAACCGUUGUCUGCCAGCAAUAAACAAACGAAUGAAAAGCAGAAGGAAAUCAUCGACACCAGAGUGAAAAUGCGAACACCCAAGUCAUCUCCACAGCAGCAGACGCCAAUUGCCUACAACAGUCCACGCGUUAAGGACAUCAAGGGCAUUGCUGCUCAAGAUGAGAUGGAAUGUUUCGCAGUUGAAGGCAGCCCAGGUGUAUUCUCCACUCGCUCUUCACUCAGUGACCUCACCAUCAACUCAGUUCCAAAAAGCAGAGACAGAUGUCCUGUGUCUCCUGCACCUGAUGAUGGCCUAUCACCACUUAGUUCCUUAGAACCAGAAGUUACAGUGUUAUCACGGCAGCCGUCAACCGGUUCACUGGACGGCGACUGGACUGAGGAGCAAGCGCUAUUGCAGCAGUGCAUCUCGUCAGGAAUGCCGCCUCCGUCUCAGCCGCCCCCAUCUCAACCGCCCCCGACAAAAAACGGGCUCAGGCCGCCGGUGGCAGUCCCGCCCCCGGCACCGUAAACACCGUCACCGUCGCAGCCACCCCCACUCACACACAACCAACUAGUGCAAGGCAUCAACAAAAUCAGCAGCAAACAGCGACAGUAGACCGCAUGAAGAGAGCGUAGACACGUGGAAUGACGACACGUCUCCUAACGACGUGUCGUUCCCCAGCAUCAGCGUGACGACGCCAAUCAGCA